GUGGCUCCGUUGGUCCCAUCUUGGCUACAUUGUAAUCAGAGCGCAGAGGAAAGAGAACUCGUCCAUAUUACAGCUGCUGUUUCAGCGGUUUCUGUGGUGAUGGACCCUCCCGGCGGCCGAGACGAGCGUCAUCGUCAAGCGGAGCGGCUUCGGCGGGAGGAGGCAUACUAUCACUUCAUUAAUGAACUGAGUGAGGAGGAGUACAGACUAAUGAGAGACAGCAAUCUACUGGGAACACCUGGUGAAGUCACAGCAGAAGAGCUGAGGCAACGUCUGGAUGGUGCAAAGGAGCGAGUGUCAUCUCAGCCACGCCCUGAACCACGCCCACAGAGCAGUGAGGCAGAGGGCAGUAGUGCUGCGGUCGAGCCAGGUGCCGAGACAUCUAAUGGAGACUCCCUGCUGGAGUGGUUGAACACAUUCCGGCGCACAGGAAAUGCCACACGUAGCGGGCAGAGCGGAAACCAAACUUGGCGUGCCGUCAGCCGCACCAACCCCAACAGCGGCGAGUUCCGCUUCAGUUUGGAGAUUAACAUCAACCAUGAGCAGCCUGAGCCUGGUGAACACAGCGACACUCCUGACCCAACUGAUCUCCCAAUGCCUCCCCCUCCUCCUCCCCCUCCUCCUCCUCCCCCUCCUCCUCCUCCUCCAGUGCAAUCUGCCUCUCCACCCACAACCCCUUACAACCCUUCAAGGGCUGCACCUUACUCACUUCAACACCCCACGCCGUACUCCACGAGCAGACCCACCCUAGGAAGAAGAGCCGCAGUGCGCCGCACUCGCAGUAGCACCACUCCACCUGUAACGCCCCCUGUGAUCUCACAGGCUCCUCCCACACCUCUGAGGAGGAACUUGCCUACAUUGCCAAGCUCUCCACCUCCACAGGUUCCACUUGCUUUUCAGUCACAGGAGCAGGAUGGUGGUGCUGUUCGGAGUCAAAUACAGGUCACAACCUCCUCAGUUAAUACAGGAGAGGAGCAGAAUGGAAGUGAAGGCCCAGACUGCCCUAACGUUCAGCCUCAGUCUGACCCCCAGGUGGCGCCAGCUGCCCGCGAGCCACGAAACAGUAGGACUCGUUCACGUGGUCGUGUGCGCCGGGCAGCGGGUGCAGGAGGGGCUUUAUCUCGUUCUUCGAGACGAAGCCGCUCACCUCUGGACAGAAACCCCGCCUCCAGUGUUAGUCCCACCCACAGCAGCAGCAGCAGCACCCCCCCAGUAGAGUCCACCGGAAGUACAGCUGUUAGCAUGGAGAUGGGCCAAUCUGCCGCAGAGCCAACUGCUCCCACAGAUCCUCCAGAGGCAGGUGAGGAAGAGGGAGAGACGCCUGUAUCAGGUGCCGGAGGUGUUCGUCGUCACCCUACAAUCAUGCUGGACCUGCAAGUGCGGCGCAUCAGGCCAGGAGAGAACCGGGACAGGGACAGCAUUGCCAGCCGCACGCGCUCUCGUGCUCGGGCCGCUGAAAACACAGUAACCUUCGAGAGUGACAGUGGUGGCUUCCGGAGAACAAUCUCACGCUCAGAGCGUGCGGGAAUUCGCACUUACGUCAGCACUAUACGCAUCCCAUUGCGCCGCAUUUCUGAGACGGGCCUUGGCGAGCCCAGCUCCAUGGCAUUGCGAUCUAUCCUUCGCCAGAUCAUGACCGGCUUUGGUGAGCUCAGCUCCCUCAUGGAGACGGAAGCAGAUUCAGAGACUGCGACGCCCAGCCAGGACUCUGCUCCUGCUGCUGGAGCCCAGACAUAUCGUGCUGUUGGUGCAGAGGGUGGAGCCACCCACGGCGGAGUUGAAUCAGCACGGGAAACUUUAGGGGAGGGCGAGGAGGAAGGACAAGUGCGGGUGAGCAGGACUGGGCCGGAGGGACGACCUAGCAGCAGAGACACUAACAACCUAGUGGAAAACGGCACAUUGCCCAUUCUAAGGCUUGCACACUUUUUUCUUCUCAAUGAAGAUGAAGACGAGGAGCACCCACGGGGCCUCACCAAAGAACAGAUCGACAAUCUGGUCACACGCACUUACGGUCAGGUCAACCUGGAGGGUGAGCAGGGCCGCGCUUGCAGCGUUUGCAUCAAUGAGUACGCGCAGGGCAACAAGCUGCGCCGCUUACCCUGCACCCACGAGUUCCACAUCCACUGCAUCGACCGCUGGCUCUCUGAAAACAACACCUGCCCCAUCUGCAGGCAGCCCAUCCUGUCCAGCCAUCAGGAAUGAUGUCGGCUGUAGCUAUCAAUCAACAGACUGAACCAGUGACUUUUAUUCUGCCAUCGGUGGCACCUGUACAUAGUGCUUCAAUGUUUUCAUUCUCUGAGAUCCAUUGUAUUCAAGCUAAAGGUAGAACCAAAAGCAGAAAAAGACUAUAAUGCAGAGAUUUAACAAAGCUUUAUUUUUUUAGACUCCUUUUGUUUUCCUAUUCUUCCAUCUUCCAUUAAGCUUUGCAGACAUAUUAACAGGCGGCGUGACUAACUCGGAUGGAGUUAGCAAUGUUAACUUCUGCUAAAGUAGCAGUCACAAUUAAAGGGAUAUUUCACCCAAAAAACGAAAAUCAUUUAAUUUAUUUACUUGUUCCAAACCAGUUUGAGUUUUAAAGAAGGUGUUUAAAAGAACGUUAGAAAACCUUUAACCAUUGACUUCCAUGGUUUUGUUUGUUCUACUAUUGAUGUCAAUGGUUUUAGGUUUCCAACAUUCUUUAAAAAAUCUUUUGUGUUCAACAUAGCUGCUUUAGUACAAGUCAAGGAUGAGUAAAUGAUAGAAUAAUUAACAUUUUUGGGUGAACUAUUCUCUUAAUAUUGUUCUGUGAAUUUUCGCAGGCAAAACCCAAUCAUUUCCUUGGGGAAAUGAAAUAUCAUGAAAUAUUAAGUGGAUUUCCUAACAGAUUCACCAUUUCGAACAACAGUUUAAUCAAGUGUCUUGAUUUGACUCCUAGUAAGUGGUGCUUCACAGAUCACUACCCUAUGGAUUUUUUACCUGCGAAUUUCACAAAUGUGACUGCACCUUAAUUCUGUUUCACAAAUGUAAGGUUUGGUGGCUUCAAAAAUGGAUAGACCUCCUAAAACUCUUUAAAAGAUAUGUAAAUAUAUGAAUGUCUGUGUUUUCAGUUUUAACAGUAAGACAUAUUCUAAAAAGAACCUUACGCCGGUUCAUUUGCAUUUUCAAAAGAAACGUUUACUUUUUAAGCGCUUGCAGAGAAAUCCAGCGGUUUUGAAGCUCUAUGAGUCCUCCAUGUAAAUGCUCCGCAAUGUUGGGCAGCGUUCUUUUAAAUGCGUUUUCAAUCAGAGCAAGUUUUUAGUGUGAUUUUUAUGGGAUACAAAUGGGAUAUGAAUGAUGCAUCCAGACGUAAAUGAACUUUCCAUGGAAGUUCCACAAUUCCAAUCUUUUUAUUACGGGAAACUGCAAUCUCUACAAACACUACAGAACACUUUUCUUUAAAAGUGAUAGGUCACCCAAAAAUAAAACUCAAAUGUCCUGAAGAAUGAUAGAAACCAGCAACUAUUGACAUCCUAGUAGAAACAAAUAUAAAAUAGAAGUGAAUAGCUACUGAUUUCCAGCAUUCUUCAAAAUCUCUUCCUUUGUGUUCAAAAGAAAAACGAAACUAAAACAGGGUUGUGGCAAGAGAAGGGUGAGUAAAUAAUGGCAAUUUUCAAUUUUGGGUGAACUACUCCUUUAAGCUUGGUCCUUAUUUCUCCGAUAGGUACAGACUAUGCUUGCCUCUUUGAGUGUCAUUACAUUUCGAAUGCGAACAAGUCAUUUGCAUUCGAACAUGAUACAGAUAAGCUAGUAAGUGCAUGCUUGAUUUGUACCUGCGUAUAAACCCAUUAAAUGUUCAAAUCAAUUAUCACUCGAAAGCACUUGUCAGCCACUGCACUAUAGGGAGUACAUCGAUGCCUGUUAAAAGCUAGACGUCUUCUGGGGUGUUGCUGUGAUACAAGCAGGCAAUGAAUUGUUGACAGCAGGUUAUGUUUUCCUCUGUUUACCCUUCAGGUUUAGCCAUUUUUAUCGUUUUUAUCAUCACAUGCUUCAUACCUCACACACGUUCUGCCCUGCUUUUCUCUUCCCUCAGUAUUUAACACACGGUUUCACUUAUGGCCUUGUCUAAUUCAACAUUAUCCACCCUUCAUGCAGUGUUGCUUGUUCCCCAUGUGAGGCAGUAGGACUUCCGAAUGAAUGAUUUUGAAUGUAGUUGUACCUUGCGUCUUUCCAAGGUACACUUUUUCUUUUUUUUUUCUUCCUCGAUGUACAAUAGAUGUCUGCUUAUGUUUCCGGAUUAAAACAAAGACUAAAUCUGUUAUUCGACAACUGUUCUCGAUGUUAUUGUUUUCUUGUAUACUAAAAUAUCCCUUUAUUUUGUCUGUAUGUUGUGAGGAUGCGUGUAUGCUAUGUAUGAAGUGUGUAUGUGUGUGUGUGUGUGUUUUGCUGAAUGGAUCAGAAUGGUUUUUGAGCUGAUGUGUAUUUGAGUGGGGGAUCUUUGGCCAUGAAGUUUAGAUAUUUAAUGAUGAAACAUUGACAUCAUUGAGCUAUGAUGACUAUGUAUUAUGUUAUAAUGUGAUGCUAAAACAGAAGAAUAUGUAUUCUGUUACUAUGUAAUAAAAUAAAACACAUGAAUUUUUUUCUUCUCUGCUCCCUAA